AUUUACAAUUUUGAAAUCAGUAUUUCUCUUUUAAAAUGUCUUAGAUUUUUUUUUUUAAUUUUCAAAGACAUGAAUGCAGGAUAAUGAUAAUAAAAAAAAAACAGUUCCGUUACAGUACAGGAGUUUCCGGGAUUUUCCGUUCUUUCGGUUUUUGCAAUUGAUUCUCAUUUCUUACAAUUUAUGGCGGGAAUUCACAGAACAAAUAUUAUGUUUACACUUUGCAUGUCCAUGAAUAUAAGCCAUACUGCGCCAUUUACAAAUAAAAUUAGACUAUUUAGUGAGCACGUACAUAGAUAAUUAGUAAGACCAUAUACCAUACCAAUUUGUUUCGAUUGUUUACCCAAUUCAAGUUGUCAACGUUUCCUGGUAAAUCCUGGUUUAACAUGACAUGACUCAUGACAUUAGUUAGUUUAAUUCAAUUUAUUCAUAUUAUUAUUAGUCUUCGUCUUUUAGUUUGCUAUCAAUUUGUAGUAAUAAGUUAAAGUAAUAAAGUUAUUGUUAGUAUCUAGAUUUUAGAUUGAAUUUCAGUUACAAUUUAAAAAAAAAUAAUAAAUCACCUUAUUAUUUGUCAAGUGUUGUAGUUGUAUGUAGAUCUAUCACUCACUCAAAUCACUUAUAUUAAAGUUAUAUUAUAUAUAGUAUAUAGGCAGGGAUUUGGCCCUGAAUUCUGGAGCAGAAUCUUUCCUCAAAUAUAUUGCCCACUUCUACCAGCUAUACUGGUUAUAGUUAUAGGCUAUAUUUCCUGACACUUGCCACCAGCUAUUUUGCCCCACUCUUCAGCAAUGUUAUCCCACCCCUAUUUGCUAUGUUACUGGCACAUGACAUGCAUUUCUUAUUUAUGCCUUAUGCCUAGUUAAUAAGAUGGAUAAGUGACAAUAAUAAACACCAUUGAUUUUAACACUUAGCAAUAACUUAGCAUCCCCAUACUUGGAGCUGACAAAAAUGUCAAUUUUUUAAAAAUGUUUUGCAAGUGGAGCUCUGCCAAAAAAAAGUCAGAUUCAUAUCCUUGGAUUCUGGAUUUAAUAAUUAAAUCAGUUUGUUUACUGACACAUCAAAUAAGGUUAACUAUAGGCCUAAAUAAUUGCCCCUAAAUUUUGACUGGCCCACUUCAUAUCUUAAGGAUUCUUUAUCCCCUGCAUCUGGCUAAGGCAUUGGUAUAAUUUUAUUUGAUUAUGCCUACUAUGGAUUGGUACCUGUUCAAGCAAUGCAUAGGCCUAGGGUUCUUAAUCAUUUUGCAUCACUGCAACCCUUCUUGAUUUAAAAACAAAUUUCCUGCAGCCCCAAAACAAAAAAUAAGAAUAAACCUAAUCUUUCAGCACCGCCAGGGGUGCAGAUCCCCUGAUUAAGAACCCCUGGCAUAAACCUAUUUUAAUAACCCGUUAAAAAAUAUAUACUUUCACAAGGACUGCUUCUGGACUUACAAUCUGGAGAGGCAGCGGUGCCUUAAAAAUAAAAUAUAGGCCUAUUCCAAAAUAUAAAUAUUUAAUUAUGGUACAUUUUCAAGUUGCAUUUUAAUUGAUUUUAAUGAUUUUUACUAAAAAUUUUGAUAAAUAUUUAAUAAAAGUCUUACAAGCACUUCAUUUUAGAAAGGAUAAGAUUCUUUUAUUGAUCCAAACAAAUGGAAAUGUUUUAUGAUUGCAUUGUACAUUUUCAGCUCAAAAAUAAAACAAUUUGAACACAAGACAUUUAUAAUAAUAAUUAAUAAACUAUUUAACUAGUAAAAAAAAACACACACACAAAACAGCCAUUCAGUGAGUUCUCUUAGCCAUAUCAGGGACUUAUUAGUGGACAUAAAUAUAAUUGCUUUCAAGUGCUGUUAAAUCUUUUUUCAAACUAUCAUUUAAAAAAUUUAUGGAAUAAUGAAAGUUGGCCAUGCUUUUAGCUUUCCGAUUUACCCAAACAUUUUUGUGCAAGUUGUUUUUAUUUCAUAUAGUACUGGAGAUAGAAAAAUUUAAUGAAAGAUUGAGAGAUUUCAAUUAAAAUAUUUAUCCUUGAGAGUUGUUUGAAAUGACAGGCCCUAUUGCCCAGGAACACCAGGGUUAAAACAUGUUCAUCAUAAGUUAACUUUAUAAAGCUACAACCUUCACCCAUAUCAAAUUAAAUUGCAAAAUAAUUACACCUCAUCUACACCCAUUUUAUCACACUGACUUGUAAGGACAUGGUUAUCGCUAAUCUCCUUUUCAGUUACUCCAGGUCCAUACAGAAAGGUGCCAAGUUCUCAAUAAUGGGAAAGGAAACAAUGUCCAGAGGCGCUCUGAUUGUCUUUGAAGGGUGUGAUCGUUGUGGCAAAACAACUCAAUGUGCAAAACUGAAAGAAAAACUUGUUGACGAGGGUGAAGAUGUUGAGCUUGUCAAAUUUCCAGGUAUGGUAUGGUCUUACAGGUUAACAGCAUACAGUGGAUAGUUUAUAUUUUUAGGCGGCUCAUAGGUUUUUUUUAAAAAGUUAUUUGCAAACAUUUGGCAGAAUUGACAAUAUACCAGUACCGGUACAAACACAAAUUUAUUUUUCAUUAAGUACAAAUGAACUACAUUACAGUAAUACCUCAAAUAUCUGUCUUACGUUCCAAGACACCCCCCACAAACAACAAGCAACCAAGAAGUAGGAUUUAUAUACAUUUUAAAGCUUAAUAAACCUUUCACACUCUAAGGAUGUGGGUAGCAAGGUGUUUCGGUGAAUAUAGUUGUUUAUAACAUAUUUUUUUCCCUCCUUUUUUUAUUUUGACAUAAUGUUUUGGCAGAUAGGACGACACCUAUUGGUAAACUCAUUAACAGUUACUUGCAAAUGACUGAGGAGUUAGAUGAUAGAGUUGCCCACCUGCUGUUUUCAUCUAACAGAUGGGAGGCCAUGUGAGUUUUCUUUUAUUGAUAAUUAUUUUGAUUGUCAGCUUCGUGGUUUAUAAAAUUUGCUUCAUUAUUUCUGGCUGUGAAUUUAAUUUUUUUUUUAACAAGUAAUAUAAAAUAAGCUAGAUGCUAAAAUAAUAUUUGGAAAAAAUUUUUUUUUUAUAUUGUCUUUGAUUGUUUUUUUAAGUCAGUAACUUGGUGGAUGAUUAUCAUCCAUUUAUAUUCGUAUCUUGGUUUCAUUACUCUUUGUCCUGCAAUGUUUUAAAAUCUUAAUUAGUAAAGAAAUAUUUUAUACAUUUUUACGACUUAGUCAUAUGUGUUUGUGCUAAUUUACUUAUUUCAUUUGUAUUUUGGUUUAAUAAUAUUUAUGUAAUCUCAACAUGUAUUUCUGUAUGUUCCAGGGAAUUGAUGAAAAAAAAAUUAAAAGCCGGUACAACCUUAAUUGUUGAUCGAUAUGCAUAUUCAGGAAUAGCAUAUUCAUCUGCCAAAGUAAGUGAUUCUUUAUCAAUGGAAUAAAUGAAAUGAUAUUCUUCAGGAUUCUUUAGACUGCACACAUUUACUCUGUAUUUUAAGACAAACUUGCAAUAAAAUUAAAGGCAUGCACACUUCUGCAGAUAAUCUGAAGUCUGCCAUUUAGCCAGUUUAAUAGAUUUAGCCAGACAGAAUUAAAUUUCCCUAUAAACAUUUUAUUUAAAUUUAAGAUGACACCUUUUCAAAGGUCAGUUUAACAUAACUUAGCUUUUUUUUUUUGUUGGUUAUUUAGUCUUACUCCCUUUAAUCCAAAUAGUAGAUCUAUAAUAUUAUCCCACCCUUCUAUAUGCUAUGUUUCUGGCACAUGCAGUUCUUACUUAUGCCUAGAUAAUAAGAUGGGUAAGUGACAAUAAUAAACACAUUGAUUUUAACACUUAGCAAUAACUUAGCAUCACCUAAAAUUCUUUGCAGUGGAUCCCAAAGUAUGCGCUGGGAACCGGGGUUCCCUCUCAAAAUAUUUUUAUAAUUUAUGUUCAGUUCAGUAUGAUGUGGAAAAAUAUCUACAACAACUGGGAAUUCAAGCAUGGAAAAGAAAAGCAUUAGUUAGGUCUGAGUGGAAGGAAGUAGUUAGGCAGGCAAAAGCCCUACAUGGGCUGUAGUGUCACAAGGGUGGAUGGAUGUUCAGUUCAGGAUUGCAGCAGACCUGGUGCAAACAAAUAACUCACUUAGUAAUAACAUUUAGUAGAAGCCUUUGCAAAUGGUUUAAAGAUGAUGCUUCGUUAUCUGAUAUAUAAACCUUUCAUUAAUGUUACGUUUUCACCAUUUUGCAGUGUGUUUGUUAGAAUUUGAUAUAGGGGACUUGCAAAACUUGGAUUCACCAAGAUUGCAGGUAAUCAAACAAGUCUGGGAACCACUGAUCCUAUUAAAUAAGGACAUUGGCAGAUUUAGGGAGGACAAUUUCAAUUAAUGAUAUGUAAGGUAGUCAGCCCAUUUGAUUAUCAGUGCAAGCCUAACAUGCAGUAUGAGCCUAUUGGUGUUGUAUAAUAUCUAAUCAGACGUUGGGUAGAACAUUAUCUUGAACUAUACUCAACAAUGAAUGUAGUUACUGAGACCGCUCUCAAUAAUAUUCCCGUCUUGUCAAUAAUGGAAGAACUAGAUGAAGAGCCAACUUUACAGGAGCUUGAAAAAGCCAUUGAUUACCUUGCUGAAAGGAGGGCUCCAGGUAUUGACGGCAUUCCACCGGAAGUCCUCAAAAAAUGGAAAAUCUGUUCUACUUCAGCCCUUAGAUGAGCUCCUCUGUCUGUGUUGGGAAACAGGUCACAUUCAACAGGACAUAAGAGACAUCAAUAUCGUAACAUUGUACAAAAAUAAAGGGGACCGAAGUGAUUGCAAUAGCUACUGAGGAAUUUCUCUCCUUGGCUUAGUUGGAAAGACUUUUGCCCGUGUUGCCCUUAAACGAUUGCAGAGUCUGGCUAACCGCAUCUACCCAGAGUCCCAGUGUGGUUUCCGAAGCGGGCGCUCAACUAUAUGAAUGAUAUUUUCUCGUUAUGCCAAAUGCAGGAGAAAUGUCGUGAUUAGAGCAUAUGCCUCUCUAUAUUGCUUUCAUAGAUAUGACAAAGGCAUUCAACUUUCAGUACCUUCAAUGGUGCUGUCUCUGGAGCAUUUCCAGUCAACAGCGGAGAAAAACAGGGUUGUUUACUCUCACCAACGCUCUUCUCAUUUUCUUCUCGAUGCUCCUUCAAUUUGCCUUCAGGGACUGUGAAGAUGGAGUGUACAUCCAUACCAGAUCUGAUGGUAGGCUGUUCAAUAUCGCCCGCUGAUUUGUGAACUGCUGUUUGCUGACAAUGCUGCUUAACAUCUCACACAGAAGAAGGUCUUCAGGGGCUGGUUAAUCGUCUAUCACACGCUUGUAAAGAGUUUGGUCUUUCGAGUAGUCUACAGAAAACUCGUAAUGAUGCAAGAAGCACCGUCCCCUCCAAUCAUAUCUAUUGAGGGUCAUAAUCUCUCGGUUGUUGAUCAUUUCAUAUACCUGGGAUCCAAUAUUUCUAGUUCGCUCUCCGUUGAUGAAUAGAUCAAUAUCAGGAUUGCAAAAGCAGCAGCAACUAUCAUGGCUAAACUGAAUAAGCGGGUGUGAAAAAAUCUCAAUCGAACUGAUAAAACAAAAUAAGUGUCUAUCAGGCAUGAGUGCUUAGUACGCUUCUAUAUGGCAGUGAAGUGAGGACCACAUAUGGCAGUCAUGAGCAGAAAUCAACAGCUUCCAUCAAAGAUGUCUGUGUUGCAUUUUACGCAUUCAAUGACAGGACAAGGUGCCCAACACGGAGGUCUUGGAACGUGCACAAAUGUUUAGCAUAUUCUCUUAGAAAGAGGCGUCUUUGGUGGAUUAUGCCAUGUAAGGAGAAUGGAGGAAGGCCGUAUCCCAAAGUUGCUGCUGUAUGGAGAGUUGGUAGAAGGGACAAGACUUAUUGGACGGCCACGCCUGAGAUCUAUGGAUGUUUGAAAAAGGAGCAUGAGGGAAGCCAACAUUGAAAUCAACAAAUGGUAGAUCAUUGCCGAACAACUUUCCAGCUAGCGAACAGCAGUAUAUCAAGGAGUAAAAAAGGCAGAAGAUUCGCAAAACGAGGCUGUUGCAACAAAAAGAACAAAAUGGAAGUCAAAAUCUAACCAGGAAUCAAUAUUGUCCUGCAAGAAAUUCAGUCGAGAUUGUCAUUCCAGGAUUUUCCUAGUGAGCCACUCGUCGAAGUGUAGGACUACAUAGCUACUCCAUCGUCUCGCGAAGAUGGAAAAUGCCAUAUUAUAAUAUCUAUUCUUUCAUUGUGUAACCUCUCCCAAAAAUAAUAGUUUUAUUGUGGCAUCAAUAAGAAUUUUAAUUAUGCAGCAUACCUUAUUCAAAACUGUAAAUGGGGGCUUUGAACGAUCAUCACUUUUUUUUCUUUGUGUUAAGUUAACAAAAAUUGAUUUCAAUUUACAACUGUAAAUGAGUGUGUAUUUAUAUCUUAAGCUGAAAGUUUCAAAUUGUUAAUUAAUUUAGGGUAUGGAUUUGGACUGGUGCAAAAAUCCUGAUGUUGGUCUCAUUCAACCUGACACCGUCAUCUACUUAUCUGUGAGUGAAGAAAUUGCUUCUCAGAGGUCACAUUAUGGAGGAGAGCGAUAUGAAAAACUUGAAUUCCAAAAGAAAGUACACAAAAAUUUUCUUGAGCUUCAAGAACCAUAUUGGGAGGUAAUUUCAUGCUCUUUCAUUGUUGCCUGAACACGUUAUAUACCGUUACCAGUAAUUUAUAAAAGUAUAUUUCUUUUUAAAUGAUAAAAGCUUGUUGAAAAAAUGUCUGUAUCCGUAUUAACUUUUAUAUUUUAAAAAAAAAAUGUUUAAUUUUUGUUAUGUUACAUCCUAUUGUAAAUGAUUCAAUUAUAAAAUCUGUAUUGAUUUUUUUUUUUUUGUCUUCUUCAUAUGCAGGUGGUGCCUGGUGAUGCAAGUGUAGAUGACAUUCAUAAACAAAUACAUAGCAUUGUCCGAAAAACAAUCAAUCAGUCAAAAAGUAAACCUUUGUUGAAAUUAUGGACAGUUGGAGAAUUUUAGUUGAGCACAUUGAGUAAAAAGAGGACUCAAAUUGUACGAAGAAAAUUAUUUUUAAAAAUGUCUACGGGAACCAUUUUUAGAUUCUUAGGAAUCAUUUUUACUAACUCAGAAUAUAUUAAAUUACUGAACAUAGUAUUUUUUUUCUGUGCAGUGCAACCAUUAAAAUGAAUAAACAUUUUAAUAGAAUUGUUUCUUGUUUAGUUUU